UGCUUUCAAUCAAUAAUCUCUGGAAUUCAGAAAUACAAGUAGGUCCUGUCUCUGGCAGGCUGUACCACACUCUUGAGGGCGGGCUCCAAGGCACACUCGACGAAAUUUCUAUCUACUACUGGCAUUCUCUGUCUGUUUCCGCAGGUCUGACUGUGUUUUUAGUCCAUCACAAUGGCUGAUCACACUUCUCCAGAUUACUUCAGCUGCUCCCUGUGCCUGAACCUACUGAGGGACCCUGUGGCUAUCCCCUGUGGCCACAGUUUCUGCAUGGACUGCAUCAGUGGCUACUGGAAUGAGGCUGACUACACAGGGAUUUACAUUUGUCCUCAAUGUAAGAUCACAUUUACCCAAAGGCCUGUGCUGCGACCCAAUGCUACUCUAAGCAUGGUGGCUGAGAAGAUCAAGAAGAGCGGCCUCACUCUCAACCUCAACACAUCACAGGGGAACGUCUACGCCGGACCAAGUGACGUCCCCUGUGACUUCUGCUCUGGGAAGAAAUUAAAGGCUGUUAAGUCCUGUCUUAACUGUCUGGCGUCCUACUGCGAGAAGCACCUGAAGCCACAUUAUGAAUCAGCCACCUUCAAAAGGCACAAGCUGGUGGAUGAGCUGGGAAACCUGGACAGGAAGAUCUGCCCACAGCACCAGAAAUCCUUGGAGCUCUUCUGUCGAACAGACCAGAUGUGUAUCUGUGCGAUCUGCACAGUCAGUGAACACAGAGGCCAUGACAUUGUCUCAGCUGAGGCAGAGAGGGGUGAGAAACAGAAACUCCUGGGAAUCUCUCAAGCUGAGAUUAGACAAAAAUGCCAAGAGAGGGUGAAGGAGCUGGAGGAACUAAAGACUGCUGUGGAUUCACUGAAGAACUCGGCCCACAGAGCCAUGGUGGAGAGCCAGAAGAUGUUUGAGGACAUGAUCCGCUCCAUUGAGAGAAUGAGGUCAGAGGUGAGCAAGUUGAUUGGUAUCAACGAGAAGGCUGCUUUCAACCAAGCCGAGGCUUUGAUCGAGCGGCUGGAACAAGAGAUUGACGAGCUGAAGAAAAAAGAGUCCGGUCUCAAGCAGCUGUACAGCACUGAGGAUCACAUUCACUUUUUGCAGAACUUCAACUAUCUUUGCACCCCCACUGAUGACGGCUUCAUACCCAGAGUGACCGUGAACCCUGACUUCUCGUUCGGAGCUGUCAGGAAAGCUGUAGCUGAGAUCAAGGACCGCCUGGAGGAGUUUGGCAGAGAGGAGCUGCUUAAGAUCUCCAAGUCAGUGAAUGAGGUUCCGGUGUACACUACAGAAAGUCGAACAUUGGACAGAAGGAGCAGAGGAAAAGAAGCAAUGCAAAUGCAAGUGGACAACGCGCCUCCUUCAGAGCCAAAGAUCAGAGCAGAUUUUGUGAAAUACUUCUGCCAGCUGAAACUGGACCCCAGCACAGCCUACAAGGAGCUGUACAUCUCUGAAAACAGCAGAAAAGUCAUCCGCACCAGGGACCUGCAGCCCUACGGAGAGAACUCGGAGAGGUUCGACAGCUUCGCCCAGGUGCUGUGCAGGGAGGCCCUGUCCGGAGGCCGCUUCUACUGGGAGAUCGAGUGGAGCGGGGAGUUCUCCAUCGGAGUGGCCUACAGGAGCAUCAGCCGGAAGGGCAAAGGCUCUCUGUGUCUGCUGGGCUACAACGACAAAUCCUGGAGCCUCCUCUGCUCCGACACAGGUUACUCUGCCUGGCACAACCGGGUGGACAAAUCCAUCACCGCCCCCCACUCCCCCAGGAUAGGCGUGUACCUGGACCACACUGCAGGUGUGCUGGCGUUUUAUAGCAUAGGCAGCAGCAUGACCCUCCUGCACAGGUUUGAGACCACAUUUGUUGAGCCCCUCUACCCAGGCUUUGGAGUAGGAACCUCAGUGAAGAUCUGCAACAUCAAGUGAACACCGAUAUUUGAGCUCUUGCUUGAAAAUAUUUUCCAUAUGUUUCUCAUAAUAUACAGCAAAGCUUUUGGAUAUAUAUAUAUAUAUUUUUUUGCAAACUGUACCAAACCACAUUAAUGAAGCCGUACUACUUAUUUUUGAAGACAAAUGUGUAUAAACUUGUUUUUUUAACACUACACAUCACAUAUUAUAUUUUGCAUUAUGCUGUCAAAUCAUAUUUUCAUGAUAGUUUUCUAAGACACUAUUGGAAUACUUUAUUACUACAUAAUCCCACGAGUACAAUAUAAGUGUUAUCCCUUUGAGCAUCUGAUAAUAACUGCUGGAUAAUAUUAUAACAUGUCAGUAUGUCAUGAAUGUCAGUCUCACUAUUACUCCAUAAAGUAUGUGACAUAUCUCAAGACAACCUGAGGUACAUUUGCUUUAUGAUAGGUCAUUACAUUGUUGGACAAAUUUAUUGCACUCUUGUGAUUGGUAUGAAGAAUACAUUGAUGUAAAUGUUGGUGCAUUAAUACGUAUUAGUAUUAUUCAUCACAUCCAGAAGAACAUUUCAUUUUGUCAUGUUUUGAUAUUAUCUGAUAGUUGUCAUAUCAGUUGCUGAAGCAACCGCACCGUUUUUCUUUUUUUUUUCACUUGAACUAACCUUUAUUUAAUUUGAUGUACGUAUGUUUACUUACUAUAUAAUGGACAACCAGAGAAUAAUUGAUAUCAAGAAAAGACUUGUUUUGUAAUAAAAUGAUUCGAUGGUUCUAAAUAAAGAGCUGA